AAAGUAGCUGAUCGUUGCAAACGUCCAUAACGGCUGUCCUGGGCAGGGUGGCAGUGGGUGCCCUGGAGAUUUGCUCAGAAAUCCCGACCAAGAAGAAACAGAGCAGAAAGAAGUAGAAGCUCUGGGGGAUAUGAAGGGAUGUUUGCAGGCAUAUGGAUAGGAAAAUAUGGAUUGCGGAACAAGGCCAGUUGUGGAUAACAUAGUAACAGGGACACGAAUUGUUGGUGGACUUGAUGCUCAGCUUGGCGGGUGGCCAUGGCAAGUUAGUCUUGAGCUUUAUCGUUUCGGUAAAGGAUUUGUUCAUGCUUGUGGUGGAUCAUUAAUUAAUCACAACUCGGUGUUGACAGCUUCACACUGCAUUAAAGAAUGGACGGUCGCUUCGUUUUGGAGAGCUGUGGUUGGAUUGCAUCAUAUUUCUAGAUACCACAUCCAUACCAAAGCAAGCCGGAUCAGGGCUAUCAUUAUGCAUCCCAGUUUUAACAAGAUUACCUAUGAGAAUGACAUUGCCUUGUUCAAACUGAUGGAGUCUAUCAAAUUCAAUCAAUAUAUCCAGCCCAUCUGUAUACCUGAUGUUCCUGUUGCUCUAAAUGAUGAGAUGCCAUGUUUUAUAACUGGAUGGGGACAGACAACAGAAAAAGAGAGAGAGAGAGAUGUAUUACAAGAAGCACAGGUCGAUAUUAUUCCAAUAUCAACUUGUAAUAAACACGACUGGUAUGCAGGGAUGGUGAGAGACAACAUGCUUUGUGCUGGCUCUGAAAAAGGAGGAAUUGAUGGUUGUCAGGGAGACAGUGGUGGUCCUCUUGCGUGCUAUAUGCCAGAUCUCACCAGGUACUAUCUGGUAGGGAUCAGCAGUUUUGGUUACGGUUGUGGCCGGCCAAGGUUGCCAGGAGUCUAUCUGCAAACAGGUUUUUACAGAAAGUGGAUACAGUCUCAAGUUAUUUUAUUCGACAAAGCCAUGACUAUGAAGGCUCCUUAUCUUGUCUUUUUGACUGCAGGAUGGAUAAUUUUCUGCAAUGUUUUAUGAAAAAAAAAAAUCUCCCAUUGGGUUGGGAUAUCAGCUUUCCAACUUGUUUCCAUGUGUUGCAAUAUUUAUUACUUUUAACUGCUAACAGAUGUAAUAAAAACAUUGCCCAUUCACUGCAA